GACCAGCAUAUGGAGCUCACCAGUGCGGAGAGCCAAGCCAGUGGCCACGCAACGACCACAAAGGGGGAUACGGAAGUGGAUGGACGAGAGGGACAAGGACGCCGACAAAAGGACGACGAGUGGUACCAGGAAAACUGGGGAAUCCACUCCCUAUCGAACUACCAGCUCAGGGAGUUGUGUGGGAUGAUGGCCAGGCUACUGCUUCGCCACAGCGAUCAAAUGGCGAUAAAUCGCUGCGAAGCAGGCUUCAUGAUGUUUCUCCAGGCUCAGGGAAUGCUCAGCUUGGUGGCAGACCUGUACCAGGUGGCACAGGUCUGGAAGAAAGCGCGGGAGGAUGCGCCGGAGACGAUCAACCUUCCAUUGCGGGUUGUGAUGUUCAAACACAUCAUCGAUGUACUCCUGUCACGCCUCGAGGCAUGCCAAGCCACGGAGGCCAGCCUGCAGGAAGCACAGCAGAUGCUU